GUGAACAAUGGAUUUCUGAUGGUCUCAUCCAAUGGAGGAUUGAAUCAAAUGCGAGCUGGGAUUUGUGACAUGGUGGCUAUUGCAAGGUUUUUAAAUGUCACGCUUAUAGUUCCUGAGUUGGAUAAAACCUCCUUUUGGAAUGAUCAGAGUCAGUUUGAUGAUAUAUUCGACGUCGAUCACUUCAUAGCAUCAUUGAGCAAUGAAGUCCGGAUAUUGAAAGUUCUGCCCCAGAAACAGAGAAGAAGAAUAGAGAUGGCUUCCCUCUAUUCCAUGCCUCCUGUUAGUUGGUCUAAUAUGACGUUUUAUUACAACACGAUUCUUCCUCGGAUAAAGAAGUAUGAAGUCCUGCAUUUCACUAAAACUGAUACAAGACUUGCCAAUAAUGGGAUCCCUGUAGAGGUUCAGAAAAUGCGCUGCAAGGCAAACUAUGAAGCCCUGAGGUUCACUCCCCCAAUUGAGGAACUGGGAAAAAAGAUUGUAAGGCUUAUGAGAGAAAGGGGGCCAUUCUUAGUUCUCCAUCUCAGAUAUGAAAUGGACAUGCUAGCAUUUUCAGGUUGUACUGAAGGCUGCGAUGACGAUGAAAUUGAAGAAUUGACAAAGAUGAGAUAUGCUUAUCCAUGGUGGAAAGAGAAAGAAAUUAACUCCAGAAAGAAGAGGAAAUCUGGGAAAUGCCCAUUAACUCCUGAGGAGACUGCUCUUGCACUGAGGGCAUUGGACAUUGAUCCUAGUAUGCAAAUAUACAUAGCUGCUGGUGAUAUCUAUGGGGGAGAAAAAAGAAUGGCAUCCCUGAGAUUAGCCUUUCCACACAUAGUUAAGAAGGAAACAUUGCUGGAAGCCUCAGAGCUUGAGCCCUUCCGAAACCAUUCAAACCAAAUGGCUGCACUGGAUUACCUAGUAUCACUGGAAAGUGAUAUCUUUGCUCCGACUUAUGGAGGAAACAUGGCAAGAGUUGUCGAAGGCCAUAGACGGUAUUUGGGAUUCAGGACAACAAUUCGUCUGGACAGAAUGCUCCUAGUGAAUUUGAUAGACCAGUACAAGAAGGGAAGACUGAGCUGGGAUGAAUUUUCCCAGGCAGUUAAAACAGGACAUGCCGAUCGCAUGGGUACCCCAACUCGAAGGCUGGAGAUUCCUGGUAAACCCAAGGAAGAGGAUUACUUCUAUAACAAUCCACAGGAAUGUUUGCCACCAAUUUCUACAAAACCAAAGAGUCUGUGA